AUGAGGAGCGUGAGGGUGCGGAGGCACAGCUGUCCCGCAGAGGUGGUCACGUACAUGCAGCUGAGCUGGCACUCUCGAAUCCCUCGAUGUUGGCCAACUUCUGCACUUUAUACACUGUUUCUGAAACAUUUUCAACAUUCUGAGGAAAGGGUCAUUUAUGAGAUACAAACACUGUAUGGAAGUUAGAGUUUUUGUUUGUUUGGUAGAUUUUCUAAUUUUUCUGUUUCAAUGCUGAGGGUGCUCUGCUGAGCAUGAUCAACCCUCUCUGUCUUGUAACACUAGAGACAAAACAUGUACCAUCUGAGAAUGGAUGUGUGUUUUCUGACUAUAUCUCUGUGUCUCUGUCUCAGGCUUGACUCCUGUUCCCCCCAGCCCCAGUGUGCUAUGCCCAUGGAUGUGGAGAGGAGCCCCCCUGUCAGCUCACCUGAGCCCCCUGAUGAUGGGGACCCACGUCCCCCCACUCCACCCCCCCACCCCCCCACGGACACUCCAGUCCCCACCACAACCCCAACCCCCACCACAGGUGAGUGAACUGGUGUGUCAUUGACAGUACUCCAGGUCUAAGGGAAGGUAACGUCACUGCAUGAUGCUAAGCUUCUUUGACAAGUGCCAUCCUGUACAUAAGGACAGUGCAGUAAAUAAAUCCUGGUAAGAGUACAGAGCUGUUUAAGAUAGGAUAGAGGGAGAUGUGGUUAGGAGUUAGGGAAGUGAACUGGGAUGUCAAGUGGUUUGUUGCCAUGGGAACCCACCACAAAAAUCCUCUGUGGUGGGAGGAGACUUCUAUAGGGCAAGUCUCGACCCAGAACACUAGGAUCUAGACUCUAGAAGAACACAAUAACAUAGAAACAUGUGGAUGCAUGUGUGUCUACUGUCUACCGCACACACCCACGCACACCACACCACACACCUCCGGCGCUUUGUGGCUAACCAUCAGAUAUGUAAUUAGGCCAGCGUUUCCCAAACUAGGGGUAUGACCCUAUGUGGGGUCACCUGAUUUGAAAAGAAAAUGGGGUCGCGAGUGAAAAUCAAAAAUCCAAUACAAAUUGUUCUUGGUUCAUAGAACCGGGGUUACGUCAGUAACCUCAGGUAGCCGCUAGAUGCGGUUGUAAUAAACAGAGUGGUUUCUGUUUUCUUCCUACAAAUGUGGCUCUAUCUUUUGAACGGUUAAGCUACAAACUAAAUAAAAAGUUGGUCACCAAAAAAAACGGAAUGUUUCCCUCAAGCCACGUAGGACUCAUUAGAACAGAGUGGACAAGACCAGACACUAAAUCAGACUGGGGCAAAAAGAACAUCAUCAAUGACUAUGUUCUUUUCUACACAGAAUAUCAUACAAAAAGAUUGCCUGAUGAUCUUCUGUACUUCCAAAUACCUUUCUGAUGCAUUUCAGUCACUUCAAACAAUACUUCCUUCAGAUUCAAAUACUGUCAAAAGUACUGUCAGACUGAUUUUUAAUACACUGUCAUAGCCCCAAUUAAAAAAGUAAACAUGGGCCUUUAUUUACAUCACUUUGAUCACAAAAUGUUUUGAUAUCAGAAAAUGGUCGCGGGUGAACCCCUGAAGUAAGCCAUCAGAUAAUGAGACAUAUUAUUUAAGGUAAUUAAGUUGUGUUGUCUUGUGUUUAGUUUCAGUCUUCACAGAGUGUGUUGUCCCCAAAAUGCAGUUCUCCCUAACCACUAGCUCCACGUACAAGUUAUCCUUAACCACCUAGGAAGGGGCGAGAAGGGGGUGCGUUGAUUUGGGAGGACGGGUAUGAGUUUAGGUGGGUGAGGAGGAGGAGGGGAUGGGAGUGGGGAAUGAGGACUGGCUUCACUGCCACAGAGGGUAACAAGUACCUGCUUUCAUCACUUAACUGUCCCCCAAUCCCUCACAGAAUCCCAGACCAGCACUGGGCCCGUGUCAGAAGAGGAGAACACACACACACACACACACACACACACACACACACACAGGGCCCAUUGAGUUCUGCUACCUGAACUGGUACCACAGGGAUGUGUGUUUGUGUGUGGAGAGUGGUCCUGACUUCUUAUUUGGUCUAGCUUCAUCAGCAGCAGUGCUGUGCUCUGCCCAAAAGGUCUGCUACUACCCUGGUUUCAUAUGCAAAUGUCACUGUCUUUUCUCUCUCUGUGCAUCUGCCCAGAGGUCUUAUGGCACAGGAGGUAAUGUGCUUGCCCUGUACAGGUAACUGCAGGAUUGCUGGUUCAAGGCCUGCUGUCCAACUAUUCCCCCUCUAUCACUACAUACCCGCGCUGUAUGCUAAUGUUGAUAGAUCUCUCUCUCUCUCUCUAUCCCAUUCUAAAUACCACCAACUGUAUCCCUUCUCUCUGUCUCUCUCCCCCCAUUCCACCUCUAUAUCUGUCUUCUUCUCCUCUCUACAGCUCUUAAAACCAUGUGGGAGGAUGUGUGUGUGUGUGUGUUAAAGGCUGUGAUGUGUAAUUUGCUUUCUUUCACUGAUGGAAAUAAUCUUGGUGCAGUUUGAGGCAUUUUUACAUUACAUUUACAUUUUAGUCAUUUAGCAGACGCUCUUAUCCAGAGCGACUUACAGUUAGUGAGUGCAUACAUUAUUUUUUUAUUUUUUCAUACUGGCCCCUCGUGGGAAUCGAACCCACAACCCUGGCGUUGCAAACGCCAUGCUCUACCAACUGAGCUACAUCCCUGCCGGCCAUUCCCUCCCCUACCCUGGACGACGCUGGGCCAAUUGUGCGCCGCCCCAUGGGUGCGCAGCCCCAUUACGACAAAGUUGAACUAUGAAAAAGCAUGGGAAUUUGUUUUCCCAACCUCUCCAACUCUGAUACACAUUUGGCCCUCGCUGAACUGGCCUACUGUAGCUGCUGGCCUAGAGAAUGCAGGAAAGCACAGAUGCAGAGGCUGCACUGCUCCUCAACCAUGGCUGGUCCUUGGAGUGAAGAGAAUCUAGACAUUGUUCUCCCCUACUGGAUCUCUAGUCCUGAGCUGGUUCUCUCUUUUCUUCCAUUUCUAUGGUUUGAUGCUUUGCAGAUGGUGGUCUUAAUGUUCAGUGCUUUGCUGAGGGUGUCUGCAGUGUGUUUAGAGUAGGGACGUCAAACGUUCAGGCUGCUGCACAGACUAUGGAGGCUCUAGUCUAGAACGCCCAGUUAAAUUGUGUUUGAGAGCAUUUUUAAACUCUCUAAAUGGUUAAGUGAGAGAUAAAUAGAUGUCAUUGUUGCAAUAGUUUGGGAGUGGGCAAUAUAUACUAUCAUCAUAAAUUGACGUGUUUAAUUAUUUUGUCAUAUGAAAUCAAUUUUUAUUGGGCUAAUUUCCCUAAUGUGGACAGUUUGUAUUACUACCUUACACAAGCUUGCACAUCCUUUUUACCUCAGAUUUGUGAUGUUAGUAUAAAAGUUUAUAGUCAUCACGAUGAAAUAAGAUUGAUUGCUUAAACCUUCCCUGUUGAUUUUGUCACGCUCUGGGGUGCGCAGGAUUUUUCUAAUUUAAAUGGCACGACAUUUUGGACGGUCUCUCUUUAAAUAAGUUGUUGGCCACACACCAAUACAUGGAUUUGACAGUCAAACUUUUAUACACCUGUCAGCAACGGGUGUGGCUGAAAUAGCCGAAUCCACUAAUUUGAAGGGGUAUUGUGAAAGUCCUGUUUUGACUGCAUGCUGUUCACUGACAGAUUUGCUGUGCGUUCCCGACUGUAGGCAUGCCUUGUGAUUGGGCUACACACAAUCCACAGCUAGGCAAUAAAAAAAAAAAAAAAAACGAUUGUUCCUCUGUGGCAGAAUUAUAGCCUUACUCCUGGUGUAGUAUUCGGAAUUAUUUCAUUUCGUUCUGAACAGACAGGAGUAAUUCUAUUACUUAGACAAAUGUAUUUCAAUUUAUCAGGGGUGCUGCGGCACCCCCAACACCCUUCCCACGGCUAUGAUUCUAUAAGGAAAUAAAUGAUGACGUGCAACGCUGCAGAGAUGAGAGUUGCAGGCUCAUGUCUAUCAGAGCAGAGAGAGGGAAAAUGAAUCUCAUUCUAGUUCUGUGAGAGAUACAGAUGUGCUUCUCUCUCUCACCACAGCAAUGGCCAGCAAUGUUGUGCAAACAAAUAAUCUGGGCUGGCCCAACACAGAUACAUUCUUAGAAUAUCAGGCACGUUUUCACAUUACGUUUCUUAGGUGGAAGCCAGGAGAAUUACAGAGGAGUCAACUUCAAUUAACUCUGAUUGCUUUAAUUAGAAUUUUUACAUUGCAAACAGUGAAAAGUAUUUUUUCAGGUACCAGAUACAAGUACCUUUUAAGGUACCAGAUACUGGCAAAUGGGUUCCGGAACGAAACAGUCCAAAACUGAGAGAGGUGCCAGAUCCUGUUCUGGCAGGAACCAGCUCAAAUUAAGGACUGUAUAUAGAAUGAGCCAUGACUAGAAUACAGUAUAUACAUAUAAAGUGGGUAAAACAGUAUGUAACAUUACUAAAGUGACCAGUGUUCAAUGACUCUAUGUACACUACCAGUCAAAAGUUUGGACACACCUACUCAUUCAAGGGUUUUUCUUUAUUUUUACUAUUUUUUACAUUGUAGAAUAAUAGUGAAGACAUCAAAACUAUGAAAUAACACAUAUGGAAUCAUGUAGUAACCAAAAAAGUGUUAAACAAAUCAAAAUAUAUUUAAUUUUUGAGAUUCUUCAAAUCUUUUGCCUUGAUGACAGCUUUGCACACUCUUGGCAUUCUCUCAACCAGCUUCAUGAGGUAGUCACCUGGAAUGCAGUUCAAUUAACAGGUGUGCCUUCUUAAAAGUUAAUUUGUGGAAUUUAUUUCCUUCUUAACGCGUUUGAGCCAAUCAGUUGUGUUGUGACAAGGUGGAGGGGAGAUAGCCCUAUUUACAGAAGAUAGCCCUACAGAAGAUAGCCCUAUUUGGUAAAAGACCAAGUCAAUAAUAUGGCAAGAACAGCUCAAAUAAGCAAAGAGAAAAGACAGUCCAUCAUUACUUAAAGAGAUGAAGGUCAAUCAAUACGGAAACUUUCAAGAACUUUUAAAGUUUCUUCAUGUGCAGUCGCAAAAACCAUCAAGCGCUAUGAUGAUCUCUGCAUGUGUAUUUCCCACCAUAAAGCAUGGAGGAGGAGGUGUUAUGGUGUGGGGGUGCUUUGCUGGUGACACUGUCUGUGAUUUAUUUAGAAUUCAAGGCACACUUAACCAGCAUGGCUACCACUGCAUUCUGCAGCGAUACGCCAUCCCAUCUGGUUUGGGCUUAGUGGGACUAUCAUUUGUUUUUCAACAGGACAAUGACCCAACACACCUCCAGGCUGUGUAAGGGCUAUUUUACCAAGAAGGAGAGUGAUGGAGUGCUGCAUCAGAUGACCUGGCCUCCACAAUCCCCCGACCUCAACCCAAUUGAGAUGGUUUGGGAUGAGUCGGACGGCAGAGUGAAGGAAAAGCAGCCAACAAGUGCUAAGCAUAUGUGGGAACUCCUUCAAGACUGUUGGAAAAGCAUUCCAGGUGAAGUUAGUUGAGAGAAUGCCAAGAGUGUGCAAAGCUGUCAUCAAGGCAAAGGGUGGCUAAUUGAAGAAUAUACAGUAUUUUGAUUUGUUUAACACUUCUUUGGUUACUACAUGAUUCCAUAUGUGUUAUUUCAUAGUUUUGAUGUCUUCACUAUUAUUGUACAAUGUAGAAAAUAGUAAAAAUAAAGAAAAACCCUUGAAUGAGUAGGUGUGUCCAAACCUUUGACUGGUACUGUACAUAGGGCAGCAGUCUCUAAGGUGCAGGGUAGAGUAGCUAGUAGUAACAGUGAUUAAGGUUCAGGGCAGGGUACUGGGUGGUGGCUGGCUAGUGGUGACUGUUUAACAAUCUGAUGGCCUUUAGAUAGAAGCUGUUUAUCAGUCUCUCUUUCCCAGCUUUGAUGCACCUGUACUGUCUCCGCCUUCUAGAUGGUAGCGGCGUGAACAGGCUGUGGCUCGGGUGGCUGAGGUCCUUGAGGCUCAUCUUGGCCUUCCUGUGACAGCGGGUGCUGUAGAUGUCCUGGAGGGAAGGCAGUGUGCCCCCGGUGAAGCGUUGGGCUGACCGCACCACCAUCUGGAGAGCCCUGCGGUUGCGGACGGUGCAAAUGCCUUACCAGGCGGUGAUUCAGCCUGACAGGAUGCUCUCAAUGGUGCAUAUGUAGAAGUUCAUGAGAGUCUUAGUGGCCAAGACAAAUUUCUUCAGCCUCCUGAGGUUGAAGAGGCGCUGCUGCGCUUUCUUCACCACACUGUCUGUGUGAAAGGACCAUUUCAGGUCGUCAGUGAUGUGCACGCCAAUGAACUUGAAGCUUUUGACCCUCUCCACUGCGACGCCGUCGAUGUGGAUGGGGGCGUGCUCUCUCUGCUGUCUCUUGUAAUCCAUGAUCAGCUCCUUCAUUUUGUUGACGUUGAGGAGGGGAGGUUAUUUUCUUGGCACCACUCCGCCAGGGCUCUCACCUCCUGCCUGUAGGUUGUCUUGUCGUUGUUGGUAAUCAGGCCUACCACUGUUGUGUCGUAAGCAAACUUGAUGAUUGAGUUGGAGACGUGCGUGGCCACGCAGUCAUGGAUGAACAGGGAGUACGGGAGGGGGCUGAGCACGCACCUCUGUGGGGCCCCUGUGCUGAGGAUCAGUGUAGUAGAGGUGUUGUUGUCAAAAAUUCAUCACUUAGGGUUGGCCCUUCAGGAAGUCCAGGACCCAGUUGCACAGGGAGGAGUUGCAUCGUCCGUGGAUCUGUUGGGGUGGUAUGCAAGUUGAGUGCUAUGGGGUGAUAGUAAUUUAGUUCAGUUACCUUCACUUUCUUGGGUACUGGAACAAUGUUGGACAUCUUGAAGCAAGUGGGGACAACAGACUGGGAUAUGGAGAGAUUGAAUAUGUCAGUAAACACUUCAGCCAGCUGGUCUGCACAUGCUCUGAAGACGCGGCUUGGGAUGCCGUCUGGGCCGGCAGCCUUGCAAGGGUUAACAUGCUUACAAGUUGUUGAAAGCAUUCCAAUGGGAUCCUGGCCAAUGUUGACUCCAAUGCUUCCCACUGUUAUGUCAAGUUGGCUGGAUGUCCUUUGGGUAGUGGACCAUUCUUGAAACACACAGGAAACUGUUGAGCGUGAAAAACCCAACAGCGGUUCUUGACACACUCAAACCGGUGCGCCUGGCACCUACUACCAUACCCAGUUCAAAGGCACUUAAAUCUUUUGGGCUGCCCAUUCACCCUCUGAAUGGCAUACAUACACAAUCCAUGUCUCAAAUGUCUCAAGGCUUACAAAUCCUUCUUUAACCUGUCUCCUCCCCUUCAUCUACACUGAUUGAAGUGGAUUUAACAAGUGACAUCAAAAAGGGAGCUUAGCUUUUAUUCACCUGGUCAGUCUAAUGUUUUGUGAUUGUCUGGAGUCCCUGACACAUGCGUCUGGUGUCUGAGCCGUUGAAUUGCAACUCCACUUUGUCCCUGUAAUGUGGUUGUGCCUCUUUGAUUACCUUAGAGGUCAUAGCUGGUCUGUUUGUACAUGUUCCCAGUCACCUUGCCAUGGUUAAAUGUGGUGGUUUGCGCUUUCAGUUUUGCGCGAAUGCUGCCAUCUAUCCACGGUUUUUGGUUUGGAUAAGUUCUAAUCGUCACAGUGGGAACAACAUCAUCUAUGCACUUCCCGAUGAACCCAGUCACCAAGUCAGUGUAUACGUCGAUACUAUUCUCAGAGGCGACCCGGAACAUUUCCCAGUCCGCGUGAUCAAAACAAUCUUGAAGCACUGAUUCCGAUUGGUCAGACCAUUGUUGAACAGUCCUUAUCAUGGUUACUUCCUGUUUAAGUUUCUGUCUAUAGGUGAGACCUGAUCAAAGACAUUGAGGUAGAGCCAAACACAGUCAGUGGGCUGGAAAGUUCUGCCCCUCUGAUGAAAGUUUACACCUUAAGCAUCUCUCCUUCUCUAGACACUGUUGGGGUGGAACACAUCCCCCUGUCUGCUGUCAGUCAGACGCACGCACGCACGCACGCGCGCGCACACACACACACACACACACACACACACACACACACACACACACACACACACACACACACACACACACACACACACACACACACACACACACACACAUACACACACACACACACACACACACACACACACACACACACACACACACACACACACACACACACACACACACACACACAGACAGCAGUGAUAUCCUCAGUGUAGAGUGACUUCAGAGGGGGCAUUAGUGAAGGCUGUAUAGACAGAGACAGAGACAGAGAGGGAGAGGGUUUAGGGAGUUUCAAAGACUCCAGGUAAAGCCUCCGUGACUUUUUUCUCUUUCUCCUACCAUACUCUCCCCCCCCCCCCCCCCCCCCUUCUCUCUCUCCAGAACUAAUACCAGGCUCCAGGCCCAGUCUCUUUCAUGCUGUGCUCUCUCAGAGUCUUCCAGUAAAUAAAGAACACUCAGCAGAUCACAGGAGAGAGGGAGAGGGAGGAACAUUUUGUGUAAGAGUUGUGAGGAGAGGAAGGCUGGGACUAAGAUAGCAGCCAAGGUGAAAGAGUUUGGCCAACUGUAGUCUUUAGAACUGGGCGCCAUGUUGCUGCCUCUGAAGAUUCCUCUUUACCCCCCUGUCUCUCCCUGCUAAUGCAAACUACAACUAAACAGUAGUCUCUCUCUAUCCAGCCCUAACCAAUCUAGACCCCUCAUAGUGUCAGUGUAAUAGCGGUUCUCUCCCCUACGGCCAAACGUGAUACGUCACAGAGUUGGCUAGCUCAUUAUAACAGCUUGUAUGCUGUUAUUUAUGUUUCUAUGUUACUAUCAUCCAAAUGUUCCUGCUUUAUUAUCCAACACUAGAGCUGUGUUUAUAAGGUGACAUUCAUUUGUUUAGCCCCUCUAGGGGAGAGUACACAUAGAUACAGUAUAGCCACAUGCACGCACAUACGCACACACAGACACACACACAUGGACACACACAUACACACACGUCACCAACAAACUCACCAACACGUGUGUACACACAGCCAGGUCAAGCAUUGCUUGAUUACUCUGGUCUGAUUUUAAUUAGAGCCUCAUCAUUCUCAGAUCUCAGAAAUCGCUCCACAGUUUGGUGGUUUUGGGGUUUGGCACGAGUGCCAGCAUAGGAUUGGUUCUAGUCACGUUUGAUAUUGGGUUCAGAUUUGUUUUGGUCCAAUGGUGGUGGUUUACUAAGGGCAGACAAGGGCUUCGAGGCACAAUCCUCUUGGUUUGGCUUUUAACCUUCUGAUGUUUGAGAUUUAUGAGAAACCAUAAGACGUUUGCAGGUUACAGAAUAGAUAGAAAGAACAAUAGAUAGAAUGAUAGAACGAUAGAAGACAGACAGAGAGAGAGACAGACAGACAAGUGGAGAGACAGACAGACAGAUGGACAGAAAUAAUUAUACAAUGAUGGAUUGAUCCAGGGGUUAAACUUAUCCGUCACUGCGACGGAUUUCCGUCAUAUGGAUUCUGGAGAGGUCGUUUUUGAGACCAGCCUGAAUCUAGCUUCUAUUGUUAAUCAGUAUUUUCCUGUAACUAUUUAUGGACAUUGGUGUAUGAGCAGCCCAAAGCCUAAUGUUUUUCCAAUGCAUUAUUAUAAAAAGUUACUUGUUAGAUAUUAGAUUAUGUAUUGUAUAUUUGGAGGAUACAUUAUUAUCCAGGAGCGCGCACAUGAACACACCUGUAUGUCGUUACCCUUAACGAGUUCACAAUAAAGAAGCGCACCUUCAGAGGAGACGCUAAUGAUACUGACGAAGGCUUAGGCCGAAACGUUUGUCUAUCUACCUACCUCUGAAUGAAAUUAAUACUAAAAAGUAACCUUGAAUUUCACUACUUGCAUUGACCUUUUGUUCACUGACUCACUUACACUGACUCUAUGCACACUGACUGGACUCUACCCACACACUCAUACAUACUACACUGACACUCCAACACACACACAUACACACACACUACAUACACUCACACACACAAAACACACACACAUGCAUAUUGACGCUACACACACACACUCACGCAUAUACACACUUUGACACUCUUCACACACGCUGCUGCUACUCUGUUUAUUAUCUAUCCAGAUUGCCGAGUGACUUUUAAUCCUACCUACAUGUACAUAUUACCUCAAUCACUUCAACUACCUCAUACCCCUGCACAUUGACUCGAUACUGGUACACCUUGUAUAGAGCCUCGUUAUUGUUAUUUUAUUGUGUUACUAUUUCCUUCUUUUUUUGUGCAAAUGUUCUUAUUUUUUAACUCUGCAUUGUUGGGAAAGGGUUCGUAAGUAAGCAUUUCACUGUAAAGUCUACACCAGUUGUAUUCGGCCGGCGCAUGUGACGAAUACAAUUUAAUUUAAUUUGACACACACACACACACACACACACACACAGCCUCUUCAUCAGAGCACUUUUCCUAUUUACCCUAGCAUGUUGUUUGGAUGGCUUUGAUAUUUUCUUUGAUAUACACUACCGUUCAAAAGUUUGGGGUCACCUAGAAAUGUCCUUGUUUUCGAAAGAAAAGCAAUUGUCCAUUAAAAUAACAUCAAAUUGAUCAGAAAUACAGUGUAGACAUUGUUAAUGUUGUAAAUGGCUAUUGUAGCUGGAAACGGCUGAUUUGUUAUGGAAUAUCUACAUUAAGGGGUUAGAUCAGCUUUAGUAUUGCAGAUAGAUUGUAACUUCCAUCAAUGUAAUUGUCUGCAUCACUUCCAAUCCCCCAUAUGUUUUUUUUUCUCGCAUAUAUAUAUAUAUAUAUAUAUAUAUAUAUAUAUAUAUAUAUAUAUAUACAGUGGGGCACCUGUAUAUAUAUAUACAGUAACUGCACCUGUUUGAACUCGUUACCUGUAUAAAAGACACCUGUCUACACACUCAAUCAAACAGACUCCAACCUCUCCACAAUGGCCAAGACCAGAGAGCUGUGUAAGGACAUCAGGGCUAAAAUUGUAGACCUGCACAAGGCUGGGAUGGGCUACAGGACAAUAGGCAAGCAGCUUGGUGAGAAGGCAACAACUGUUGGCGCAAUUAUUAGAAAAUGGAAGAAGUUCAAGAUGACGAUCAAUCACCCUCGGUCUGGGGCUCCAUGCAAGAUCUCACCUCGUGGGGCAUCAAUAAUCAUGAGGAAGGUGAGGGAUCAGCCCAGAACUACACGGCAGGACCUGGUCAAUAACCUGAAGAGAGCUGGGACCACAGUCUCAAAGAAAACCAUUAGUAACACACUACGGCGUCAUGGAUUAAAAUCCUGCAGCGCACGCAAGGUCCCCCUGCUCAAGCCAGCGCAUGUCCAGGCCCGUCUGAAGUUUGCCAAUGACCAUCUGGAUGAUCCAGAGGAGGAAUGGGAGAAGGUAAUGUGGUCUGAUGAGACAAAAAUAGAGCUUUUUGGUCUAAACUCCACUCGCUGUGUUUGGAGGAAGAAGAAGGAUGAGUACAACCCCAAGAACACCAUCCCAACCGUGAAGCAUGGAGGUGGAAACAUCAUUCUUUGGGGAUGCUUUUCUGCAAAGAAGACAGGACGACUGCACCGUAUUGAGGGGAGGAUGGAUGGGGCCAUGUAUCGCGAGAUCUUGGCCAACAACCUCCUUCCCUCAGUAAGAACAUUGAAGAUGGGUCGUGGCUGGGUCUUCCAGCAUGACAACGACCCUAAACACACAGCCAGGGCAACUAAGAAGUGGCUCCGUAAGAAGCAUCUCAAGGUCCUGGAGUGGCCUAGCCAGUCUCCAGACCUGAACCCAAUAGAAAAUCUUUGGAGGGAGCUGAAAGUCCGUAUUGCCCAGCGACAGCCCCGAAACCUGAAGGAUCUGGAGAAGGUCUGUAAGGAGGAGUGGGCCAAAAUCCCUGCUGCAGUGUGUGCAAACCUGGUCAAGACCUACAGGAAACGUAUGAUCUCUGUAAUUGCAAACAAAGGUUUCUGUAGCAAAUAUUAAGUUCUGCUUUUCUGAUGUAUCAAAUACUUAUGUCAUGCAAUAAAAUGCAAAUUAAUUACUUAAAAAUCAUACAAUGUGAUUUUCUGGAUUUUUGUUUUAGAUUCCGUCUCUCACAGUUGAAGUGUACCUAUGAUAAAAAUUACAGACCUCUACAUGCUUUGUAAGUAGGAAAACCUGCAAAAUCGGCAGUGUAUCAAAUACUUGUUCUCCCCACUGUAUAUAAUAAUAUAAUAUAAUAUAUAUACAUAUACAUACAUACACAUACAUAUACACAUAUGUACAUAUAAAUACAUAUACAUACAUAUAUAUAUAUACACAUAUCCGUUUUUAAAAUAUAUUUCCCUUUAUUACUUUCCAACCCUGGACACUGGACUUUUUCUUUGCAACUCUGCCUAGGUCAGCAUCCCGGAGUCGCCUCUUCACUGUUAAUGUUGAGACUGGUGUUUUGCGGGUACUAUUUAAUGAAGCUGCCAGUUGAGGACCUGUUAGGCGUCUGUUUCUCAAACUAGACACUCUAAUGUAUUUGUCCUCUUCCUCAGUUGUGCACCGGGGCCUCCCACUCCUCUUUAUAUUCUGGUUAGAGCCAGUUUGCGCUGUUCUGUGAAGGGAGUAGUACACAGUGUUGUACGAGAUCUUCAGUUUCUUGGCAAUUUCUCGCAUGGAAUAGCCUUAAUUUCUCAGAACAAGAAUAGACUGACGAGUUUCAGAAGAAAGUUUUUUGUUGUUAUUUGUUGAGAGAGUGAGAAACCGAAGUGAGAAGGGAGGGGGGGGGACCAGACAGGACAGGAUAAAGAAGAGAAGGAGAGUGAUUAGAGUAAAGAAGCAGGCUGGGGUGGUUCAGGCAUUUCACAGUGUGUGUGUGUGUGUGUGUGUGUGUGUGUGUGUGUGUGUGUGUGUGUGUGUGUGUGUGUGUGUGUGUGUGUGUGUGUGUGUCGGAUGGCAGAUCAAACCCAGCUGGCUCCCAUUUGCCCAGGAAUGAGUCUGCACCUCUCAGAGGCGUGUAUGUGUAGUCCUGCAUAAUUACAGCUUCAUCAUAGACCGCCUGGCUCCAGUAAGCACAUAUAAAACACGGAAACUCACAUACAUUUAAUGCAUUGUAUGUGUCCUCACAUACACAAACACACACAAACACUGCAGGUUUCACAGGCAUGCGCAUAUACCCCUAAACAGUCCCAACGGGUUGGAUUUUACUGUCUCCAGAUGCACACACACACACACACACACACACACACACACACACACACACACACAUACACAUACGCUCCCUCACACAAUUAUGCUCUCACUCACAGUCUGUUUGAGCCAGAUGAGUAAUUCUACAGUCUGUGUUCCAUCCAGUGAAUAGCUUGGAGAUUGGAAAUGACAUGCAGUAGACCAGGCGUAGGCAAUCCUGGUGCUGGAGUGCCAGAGGCACUUCAUGUUUUUGAUUUAACCAACCUGGAAAACCAGUUGUGUUGAAUUUAGGCAAUCACUGAACUGAUCAAUUAGCUCAGUUGGUCAGUUGUGGUGCCUAGUUGUCCAUGUGUUUGUUUGUUAUACGUGGUAGUCUUAAGCUGUGUUCACAUUGGCAGUUUGAAGUUACACAAAUCCACAUUUUGUUGCAUAUCCGAUUAGAAGCUGUUCUUUAUCCUGCAGUCUGAACAGCCAAAAAGCACAUGGGAUCGGAUAUUUCAAGCCACAUUUCAAACCAUCUUUGUAGGUGGUUUGAAGUCAGAUACCAAUCUGAUUCCUGUCCAUGUGACUUGUGUCUGAAUGGUCAAAUCUGAUUUAUUUGCCUUCAAGUGGUUUUUAGACUGUUAGCGGUUAAAAGUGUUGGGCCAGUAACCGAAAAGCCACUGGUUCGAAUCCCCAAGCCAACUAGGUGAAAAACCUGUCGAUGUGCCCUUGAGCAAGGCACUUAACCCUAAUUGCUCCUGUAAGUCGAUCUGGGUAAGAGCCUCUGCUAAAUGACUAAAAUGUAAAUGUAAAUUUGGCAUAUCUUGUUGCUUGCUAGCUACUCUGGCAGUUUGACAAGAACAUGUGGUAACUUGUUAAUCGUUUACAAACAAAUGAGUGAAUGUGCUAGAAAGCAAAACGUCUACCUAGCUGUCUAGUUGUCUGCUGUGGCUAGCCAAAAACGACUUUUUUUGAAAGUUGGAUCAUCUUAUCCUUUGAGGCUUUAAAAGUGUUCUUACCCUAUGAUUUAGUGAAUUUGUCCAUGGCAGGCAUUGUUGUCACCUUACAUUGCUACAUAACUUCUAAGUGAUAGGAAGCAUGAGCACCACCACCAAUCAGCCUACACCACCACGCACACACCCGUUGUUACUAUGACAACUAGAGUAGCCAUGUCAGCAAAUGACUGCUGUCUGAACACACAAAUCCGAUUUGUUUGGACAGUCAGUAAACCAAAACGGAUUGGAAAAACAAAACUGAUUUGAGCAUUAAGGCCUGCAGUGUGAACAAGGCUUAAGUGUACUGUACAUUGGCAACUCUACCAAAGACAAAACAAAGCAGCUUCAGUCAGUGACAAAAUAUUGCUGUUUCAGUUGUUCUCAGCAACUUGAGGAGACAUUCAAUAACUUCAGAAGAAUUCAAGUAUAACAGAUUAUAGCUUUUUUUAAGUCGUCUUCAUAAAGGUUUUGUGAAUGUGUGUGUCCUGUCUCUCUCUCUCUCCCUCUCUCGCUGUGUGUUACCUCCAGAUGAAUGUGUGUCCUGUCCCUCUGUCUCAGUCGCUCCUCUCUCUCGCUGUGUGUUGCCUCCAGAUGUGGACGGGAGCCUGGAGCCCCUCAUCGAAAGGCCAAAGUUCAAACCAGAUGGGUUGCUAGGAGACGCGGAGAAUGGCAACAACAACAACAGUCUCUCACAGCCGGACCUGACGACACCUAGCAAGACCAUUAUCUGUGAGAGACACACACGUAUGCACAUGUGUACACACUCUCUCACGCACACACACAUACACACACACACACACACACACACUGAAUGUUUGGGUUCCAUUACUGAGCCCUGGUGUUGUGAGUCACACUGUCUUGACCCUGAAUGAACACACACAGCCCCAAGAAAUAGGUCAGGUACACGGUCACAUACACACAUACAUACAUACAUACAUACACACACGCUCACAUACACACGUACAUACACCUUGGUCCUCUGUAGCUCAGCUGGUAGAGCACGGCGCUUGAAACGCCAAGGUAGUGGGUUCGAUCCCCGGGACCACCCAUACACAAAAAUGUAUGCACGCAUGACUGUAAGUCGCUUUGGAUAAAAGCGUCUGCUAAAUGGCAUAUUAUUAUUAUUAUUAUUACCUUUGAAUUGAAUUGUCAACAGAGGGAGUUAAGUGGGCUAGGUUCCGAAUUGCUGCAGAACACGUGUUUACAUGCAACACGCCACUUGCUACAGCCAAAUGAAACACCUCUCUCCUCUCCUCCAUUUGACUAUUUUCUCUCUGUUUGGUGGUAACUGUGAUUGUUAGGGAGUCGCUAUGGCUACUGAACGUAGGUGAGUCUGGCAGUAUAGUUUUUGGCAGUCUCUCCCCCUUAUUCUCUUGGGCAUCUGUGUGAUGGUUGAACCAUGUAUGAGUGAUGUAUGAGUUAUCAUCAUAGUUGAUGUACAAAUAGUGUUAAACCUUUCCCUGGGCUAACAGUUUAUAGUCAGACGUUUUGGAUUAUGGGGGUCACUACACACAUAAUCACACUGCAGUCAGGUCAGGGGGCCUCUCCUCUCCUCCACCUCGGUGCGUACGGGAAAGCAACCUGAGCUACUUCCUGACAGUAACUCUUGGUUUCUGAGUUACCGCAAAAUAACUACAGAAUCUGUUUAUGAUGGUGUAUUUGAGAGGCUGUGUCAGAGAGAGAGAUUGGGUAAUACUAAGAGAGGGACUGGGUUUAUGGUUAUGGGUGAAUUGGGGUGGGUAGUGUUGAAAUCCUUAUGAAAAAGGUUUCUGUGUGUGUGCGUCUGUGCAGGCGUGUGUGUGUGUGUGUGUGUGUGUGUGUGUGUGUGUGUGUGUGUGUGUUAGUAUUAGUCUAGGUCUGGAUCCAACAUUAUUCUCUCUUUUAUUUUAUGUCCUCCAUAAAUGCAGCUCCAUACCCUGUGCUACUGCCGCAAGAGUUAUGCAACUACGGACAAAAUGUACAACAUUUACAUUGUAGUCAUUUAGCAGACGCUCUUAUCCAGAGUUAUUUACAGUUAGUGAGUGCAUACAUUUUUCAUACUGGCCCCCCGUGGGAAACGAACCCACAACCCUGGCGUUUCAAGCACCAUGCUCUACCAACUGAGCUACAGGGGACCAUCUCCUAUACCUCCCUCCAUCCCCCCUAUAUCUCCCUCCAUCGCCCCCUAUACCUCCCUCCAUCCCCCCUAUACCUCCCUUCAUCCCCCCAUCCCCCCCAUACCUCCCUCCAUCCCCCCAUACCUCCCUCCAUCCCACCUAUGCCUCCCUCCAUUCUCUAUACCUCCCUCCCUCCAUUCCCUAUACCUCCCUCCCUCCAUCCCCUAUACCUCCCUCCCUCCAUCCCCUAUACCUCCCUCCAUCCCCCAUACCUCCCCUCCAUCCCCCUAUACCUCCCUCCCUCCAUCCCCCAUGCCUCCCUCCAUUCCCUAUACCUCCCUCCCUCCAUCCCCUAUACCUCCCUCCCUCCAUUCCCUCCCUCCAUCCCCUAUACCUCCCUCCCUCCAUCCCCCAUGCCUCCCUCCAUUCCCUAUACCUCCCUCCCUCCAUUCCCUAUACCUCCCUCCAUCCCCUAUACCUCCCUCCCUCCAUUCUCUAUACCUCCCUCCAUCCCCUAUACCUCCCUCCCUCCAUCCCCCAUGCCUCCCUCCAUUCCCUAUACCUCCCUCCCUCCACCCCCCAUGCCUCCCUCCAUUCCCUAUACCUCCCUCCCUCCAUUCCCUAUACCUCCCUUAAUCCCCUAUACCUCCCUCCCUCCAUUCCCUAUACCUCCCUCCAUCCCCCUAUACCUCCCUCCCUCCAUCCCCCAUGCCUCCCUCCAUUCCCUAUACCUCCCUCCCUCCACCCCCCCUAUACCUCCCUUAAUCCCCUAUACCUCCCUCCCUCCAUUCCCUAUACCUCCCUCCAUCCCCUAUACCUCCCUCCCUCCAUCCCCCAUGCCUCCCUCCAUCCCCCUAUACCUCCCUCCCUCCACCCCCCUAUACCUCCCUCCCUCCAUCCCCAUACGUCCUUCCAACCCUCCUCCUGCUCCAGUUAAAUGUUGCCCGGAGGCACAGCGUUCCCUCCCCCAAUCCCAACCUUAACCAUUAAAGGGACAAUGCAAAACGGACCUUAGAUCAGCAUCUACAAGCAACUUCAUCCAACUCUACCUUCCUCCCUCCCUCUCAUCCUCCCUCCCAUCCUCUUUUCCUCCCUUCCACCCAUCCUCCCGCUGUUACGUCUGGUUUUCUCUUUUGAUGCAGAUGGCUUGUGUGUGUGUGUGUGUGUGUGUGUCUGGGGCUCGUACUGUGUGUGCAUGUUUGUGUGUGAGUGUGUGCAUACAUUUGGGUGUGUGUGUGUGUCUGGAAGUCGUACAGUUGUGAACACUAUUGUAUCAUCAGCACCCUACAGGAACACUGUGACUAACUUUAUAGACCCCCUCACUCUGCUACAACUACAGCAAUAAAGAGAGAGAGAGUUUGGCUAUGGCCUGUACACUGAUUAGGAAAUAUGAAAUAGUGGCUCUUGCUGCUACUAGAUGACUAUGGUUUGUGUGUGCGUGGUGAUGUCAUGAUGUAAAUGACUUGUGUGGAUGAAAACAGAAGCGAGAUUGCAUUCUGCAGCCCAGAUGCUCUGGCUCGCAGUGAUGACAUCAUGGUUGUAGCAUGUGUCUGGCGCUGGGCCUCUGACAAGCUGUCUGAGAACAAUGUGCAGAGAGAGCUGUUAACGGGUGUCUGUGUGUGUGAGAGAGAGCUGUUAACGGGUGUCUGUGUGUGUGAGAGAGAGCUGUUAACGGGUGUCUGUGUGUGUGAGAGAGAGCUGUUAACGGGUGUCUGUGUGUGUGAGAGAGAGCUGUUAACGGGUGUCUGUGUGUGUGAGAGAGAGCUGUUAACGGGUGUCUGUGUGUGUGAGAGAGAGCUGUUAGAGCGUGUGUGUGUGUGUGCUGUUGUGUGUGCUGUGCCACAUAUGUGAAUGCUAUUCUCUUUGGUAGUUGAGUAGUGUGUUUCUGUUUCUUUAGCACAUUGAUUCAAUAAAGCAGCCUCAUCGCUCAUACGUCAUUGACACUGUCAGUGGCUUAAGCCUACGUCACAGUCCUACACAGACUGCCAGUAAGAAGCUCUGAAUAAGUGAGUGUUGGUUACACUUUCCUAACUCAUGAUAAAUCUCUCCUAUGGGCUCUCCUGUUUUUCUGGGAGUCUUAAAAUAAGCUCUGUUAGUCAUUUGUCAGUUCUGAGUAAGAGAAGGAUACUAGAGAGAGAUGGGGGAGGAGGGGUGUGUGUUUGGGGGUUGGUGACUGGGUGAAAGGCUGUCUGACUCCUGACUGAUCUCUACUUUGGGGGUCUUCUGUUUCCAUCCAAACCUCAGGUCUGCUCCUGCUCCUACUGGUGGUCGUCACUAGUUACCACAGCCACAAAGUAAUAAAACUUGCCUAUUUCUACAGUUUCUCUUCUUAAAAUCUGAUUUGAACCUUAAACACACUGCUAACCAUAUGACUAACCCUAACCUUAAACACACUGCUAACCAUAUGACUAACCCUAACCUUAAACACACUGCUAACCAUAUGACUAACCCUAACCUUAAACACACUGCUAACCAUAUGACUAACCCUAACCUUAAACACACUGCUAACCAUAUGACUAACCCUAACCUUAAACACACUGCUAACCAUAUGACUAACCCUAACCUUAAACACACUGCUAACCAUAUGACUAACCCUAACCUUAAAUAAAAAAAUAAAAAGCUAAUUUUUGUUUUCAUGAAUAUUUACGAUAUAGCCAAUUUAGAUUGUGGCUGUGGUAACUAGUGACAACCCUGUUACACUGACCACCAUCACCACCACUCUCACUGUUAGUCAGAGUCCAGUGCUCUGUCAGACCCCUCAGUCACACUCUCUCAAUCACUUUCUCUGGCACCACAAUGAAACACAGAGAGUUAAGGACCCACAGGGUCCAUUCAGACAAGUUAAUAACAGUUGAAAUGGAGCAAUAUUUUGUGAACUAUUUAGUUUUUAGCUUUGUAAGGCGUACAAUCACGCACACACAACACUGCCAUGGAAAGGCUGAGUUGGCAGCUUGGUGAGAUCAGUAUGAUGCUGGGAUCAUUAAAGGGGAUGUGAACUGGGUUAGAGUGUUGCCGAUGUGAAAUGUAACAGGAUCGUGACACAGUGCCUUUAAUUACACACCAGUCUGUGAUGAAUCUCUCCUCUUCCUCAUCCUCCUCUUCCUCCUGGAGGCCUCAGUCCUGAUGGUGACACACACGCACACACACAAAGGGCCUGGAAAGAGUACAUCAUCUGUGUUGCAGGAUACCAUUUGUCACCGACAGUGAACCCCAACUUCGAACUCCUGAGUGGCGCAGUGGUCUAAGGCACUGCAUCGCAGUGCUAACUGUGCCACUAGAGAUCCUGGUUCGAAUCCAGGCUCUGUCGCAGCCGGCCGCGACCGGGAGACUCAUGGGCGGCGCACAAUUGGCCCAGCGUCGUCCAGGGUAGGGGAGGGAAUGGCCGGCAGGGAUGUAGCUCAGUUGAUAGAGCAUGGUGUUUGCAACGCCAGGGUUGUUGGUUUGAUUCCCACGGGGGGCCAGUAUAAAAAAAAAAAUGUAUUCACUAACUGUAAGUCGCUCUGGAUAAGAGUGUCUACUAAAAUGUAAAUGUACCUCUGACCCAUUCUUCCCACUUCCUUCUCUCCCCCUUCCAUCACUCCCUAUUUUUAUCCCAAUCUCCCAGUUAAGGAGAGCUUUUAUCCUAAAUCAGUGUUAAUCCUGCCUCCCUCAGCCUUCGUUUCCCACUCCCAACACUCUACAUAGGGAAAUAGGCUGCACUUCCUUCAGAAUACCACCCUUUAAGAAUACCACACUGCUAUUCCGAGAUUAGAUUCCCCAUCCCUAUGGAUUUGUGUUGAAAUUAGCUGAAUCAGACAUUGGAUUAUGGGGUCACAUUGUUUUUGGUGGGUUACCCUCCACCCCCCAGUACUCAUCAAGUCCCAUUGGUGAUGAAAGAGGUGAAUGAGGUGACAGUGGAAGGACAAGGUGACAGUACCUACCAUUAUAAAGCACUUAGUUCUGAUUAGCUAUGAUCCCUGGUCAAGGUGCUGGGUGUCACUCAGGUGUUCCUGUUCUAAUGUAGGAAGGGAGCACAAUGGUCCAGGUCCCUCACAGCUCGGACCUAGUUCAGAUGGCCUGGUCUGAGCAGGUUGGCACAAACAGCACUCUGUUUACUGUCUACUGCUCAGACUGCUGAGUCACUGAGGGAGGGAGGGAGAGCGAGAGAGAGGGGGGGAGUAGAGGAACAGGGAGGAAAGAGAUAGGUAGGUGAGGAAGAGGGGAGGAGGGAGGUUGGAAAGGUAGAGGAGUGCAGUGAUCAGCAGUAAUCAUAGCCUUUCGCUGGAGGCCAGUGUGUUGGGAGGGGGCUGACGGAAGGAGAGGUGAAGGGGAGGUAGGGAGGUAGUGGGAGGAGAGGGAUUUAGAGAGAGGGGGAGGAGGUGAGAAGGGAGGUUGGCUGUCUGUAGGGUAAUGGGAGGUGAGCGGAUGGAGGGAUUUAGGGAGAGAGAAGGUGGGGGGGGGGGGGGGGGGGGGGGGGGGGUGAGCUGUCAGCCGACUGUGAGUCACACUCUCUCAAGCCAGACAUACCACACUCCCAUCGCUACAGGCAACAGGCUGGGCCAACACUUGACCUCUCUCUCUCUCUCUCUCUCUCUCUCUCUCUCUCUCUCUCUCUCUCUCUCUCUCUCUCUCUCUCUCUCUCUCUCUCUCUCUCUCUCUCUCUCUCUCUCUCUCUCUCUCUCUCUCUCUCUCUCUCUCUCUCUCUCUCUCUCUCUCUCUCUCUCAAUUCAAUUCAAUGGCUUUAUUGGCAUGUUAACAUUGCCAAAGCAAGUGAAGUAGAUAGUAAACAAAAGUGAAAUAAACACUAAAAAUUAACAGUAAACAUUACACUCAGAAGUGUCAAAAGAAUAAAGACAUUUCAAAAGUCAUAUUAUGUAUAUAUACAGUGUUGUAACAAUGUGCAAAUAGUUAAAGUACAAAUGGGAAAAUAAAUAAACAUAAAUAUGGGUUGUAUUUACAAUGGUGUUUGUUCUUCACUGGUUGCCCUUUUCUUGUGGCAACAGGUCACAAAUCUUGCUGCUGUGAUGGCACACUGUGGUUUUUCACCCAGUAGAUAAGGGAGUUUAUCAAAAUUAGGUUUGUUUUCUAAUUCUUUGUGGAUCUGUGUAAUCUGAGGGAAACAUGUGUCUCUAAUAUGGUCAUACAUUUGGCAGGUUAGGAAGUGCAGCUCAGUUUCCACCUCAUUUUGGGGGCAGUGUGCACAUAGCCUGUCUUCUCUUGAGAGCCAGGUCUGCCUAUGGCGGCCUUUCUCAAUAGCAAGGCUAUGCUCUCUGAGUCUGUACAUAGUCAAAGCUUUCCUUAAGUUUGGGUCAGUCACAGUGGUCAGGUAUUCUGCCACUGUGUACUCUCUGUGUAGGGCCAAAUAGCAUUCUAGUUUGCUCAGUUUUUUUUGUAAAUUCUUUCCCAUGUGUCAAGUAAUUCUCUUUUUGUUUUCUCAUAAUUUGGUUGGGUCUAAUUGUGUUGUUGUUGUUGUCCUGGGGCUCUGUGGGGUCUGUUUGUGUUUGUGAACAGAGUCCCAGGACCUGCUUGCUUAGGGGACUCUUCUCCAAGUUAAUCUCUCUGUAGGUGAUGGCUUUGUUAUGGAAGGUUUGGGAAUCGCUUCCUUUUAAGUGGUUAUAGAAUUUAACGGCUCUUUUCUGGAUUUUGAUAAUUAGCGGGUAUCGGCCUAAUUCUGCUCUGCAUGCAUUAUUUGGUGUUUUUCGUUGUACACGGAGGACAUUUUUACAGAAUUCUGCAUGCAGAGUCUCAAUUUGGUGUUUGUCCCAUUUUGUGAACACAUACACACUCUCCUCUGCCUCUCUCUCUCUCAGCUCUCUCUCUCUCUCUCUCGUGCUCUCUCUCUCAGCUCUCUUUAUCUGUCUGUCUCUUUCACACACAAACUUUCUCUUUUGCACACAUUCUUGCACUUUCAGGCCUAGGCUGGUCCUACACUUUUGCACAGUAAAAUGUCUCCUCACCUGACUCUCACCCCACUUCUCCCUCUCUCUGUUCUUCCUCCCCCUCUCUUCUCCUUCAUUCUGUGGUGUGCCAGUCUCAUUAUGUUAAGCCCACAGUCAUUUAGUUCUUUAUUUGUUCUUAUUUUGAACUAUGAACUGCUGAAUCAUUGUGUUUAUGUGUGGCACGCCCAUACAUCACUCCUGAACCAAAAUAGACAAGAGCCAAAGCUAAGGGGUGUAUAUCCGUAGAGCGGAUCUCUCUCACCAUCCCUCACACACACGCACUCUCAUCUGCCUCUCUAUCUCACGAACAGAAACACACACACUCUCUCUCGCUCUCUCUCUUUCUCUCUCUCACUCGCAGUCUGCACAGAGUUCAUUCUCACUGUGUGUGUGUGUUUGCGUGUCUACGCAGUCAUGACUCCUCUGAAACUCAGUCUGUCUGUCUGUCUGUCUUGCUGUCUGCCAGAUGCCCAUGCUUUUUACUGACCCCGCACACACACACACACACACACACACACACACACACACACACACACACACACACACACACACACACACACACACACACACACACACACACACACACACACACACACACACACAUACACACAACCACCCCCUCCAAACCGACUGACACACACAUGCAAAGGGUGAAUUAACUCUCAUACCACUCUAAAUAAAUCCAAACACCAUUUUCACUCUCUCUGUCCAGUUUGAUGUUACCCCUCUCUCUCCAUUUCCAGCAAUCAUUUUUUUUUUAUCCUAUGGAAUUCAGUAAACAAACAAUAUUGUAUUCCUGCUGAUGUUGUCUUUACCAACCAAAGGAAUGCUCUGUUAACCAGACAUGUACCUCAUUUCACUAUGCCACAAAGAGAAUGACUAGCAGAGAGAUGUGGGGUAUAGGCCUGGCUUCGCUCUGUGUGGUUUCACUAAAACUGACUCUGAUUAGGGUUGGUGGCUGCGAUUGUGUCUCUGUAAUCGUGCGUUCUCUCUCUCUUCUCCUCUCGACAGAACCAAACCCCUAUACUGUAUUGUACUGUACUACACUGCAUUGUACUGUAUCUUUGAAAAUGUGAGAAUGGUUCAAGUUAGAGACCGGGGGAAAGAGAGAGAGUGAGACAAAAAGAGAGGGGAAGAGGGAAAGAAAGGAGACAUAAUGCAGCCGAGCAGGUAUUGACUUUUGACAUACUUCAGAAGUAUCCCUCUGACUGCCCCCACGCGCACACACACACACACACACACACACACACACACACACACACACACACACACACACCACUACCCCGUGCAUUGCCAGACAUCUGGAGUGGGUUUAGAAAACGCUGAAUCUUAAAUCACACUCGAUUGGUUGUGUGACCCCGGCCAUGGGCCAAUCACAACAGUCUAAGAAGGGUUAUCUGUCUCUGAACGAUUAAUGUUGUUUCACUGCAUCUCAGCCCCCGGUGUGUGUGUGUUUCUCUCUGGACAUCCUGCAGUGGUAUUCUACCCUGUGAUGUCACACCUCUCUCCAUCUGUACGUUCAGGUCUAGAAAAUAUUUAGGACCUCGAUAGGAUGGUAUUAAGUAUUAUCAUAAUAUAUAAAAACCAUGGUUCCAUUUUAGCCCUCUCUCUUUUUCAGGGCGUCUGUUUGGUUUGGCAGAGGAGGUGUGCUUUUCACUGCGUUGUUCUUUCUCUCAGUGUAAUUAGUAUUUGGUGGUGCUCAGAGUAAAAUAUACGGAGAGGUGCAUGUUGGCCAGCCAAGAUCAACCCUGGUCUGACUUAGAGGAGGAACAGUAGAGGUUUUGUAGGCUGUAAACACACACUGGGCCUGGGCUGAGGCGUGUGUGUGUGUGUGUGUGUGUGUGUGUGUGUGUGUGUGUGUGUGUGUGUGUGUGUGUGUGUGUGUGUGUGUGUGUGCGUAAAUGUGCAUGUCUGUAGCCUACAUUUCAGACUGAGGAGAGAGAACCAGGCCAUUUCAGCCCCUCUGUCCACAUAAAUCAAAACCCUAAAACUAGCAACUAUAUACGCAUCAUAGUCACAAGUUACAUAUUAAUGUAUGGUGCACCUAGCAAUGUGCAACUGGCAUUAGUAGACCAUGAAGCACCAAUUGUCCUUGGUAAAUUAUUUUAAUAGAUUCUUGAGUUGGCCAAACUGGAUUGAGUUGGCCCAAGUUUAGGCCUAUUUCUUAAGGGGAUUACCUGAAAUGAUGUGUUGUCCAAGACAAGUUUCUCCCACCAACGUGUUCUUGUUUCAGCCAUGGCAGUGAGAGGGGAGGACAGGACAAGAGGAGAGAGGAGAGGAGGGGAGAAGAAGAGAGGAGAAAAAGAGGCGAGGAGGAGAGUGUCUGGGGGUUGUUGUGUAAGAGUCUAGAUGAGCAGGGUCGGAAGUCAGCACAGUACACACGGCCCUUCCCAGGAGCCAUUGGGGCAUGCUGUAUCAAUGACUAUGAUUCCAAUGUGUCCCAUGGUUACAAUGAAAGCAACUAUUCUAAAUGUUUUUCUUCUCUUUCUUUGUUCCUGUCUUCAGGUCAACCCCAGGCUCGAUCCACCCCUAUACAUCCCACCCAGCCUUGCCUAACCCAGCCCACCAGCCAGCUACGCAACGGAGCCAAGCACCACAUACACACCCCGCACACACACGGCCCGCACUGCACACACACACCUCACACACACCACCCGCACACACACGCCUCUCACCCCAAUGGAGUGAGGAACGGAGGCUCCCAUGAUCAGCCGGCCCCCGGCUCCCUCCCCAGGGCGGCCUCUUCCUCCUCCUCGUCUUCCUCAUCGGGGAUGAAGAACCCUAAGAAGCUCCAGUCCAACCCCUCCAUCACCUCUCAGAGGAGCAAGAGCUCCUCCAAGAGCAACAGCUCCCAGAUACCUACAGAGGCACAGGAUGGUGAGAAGCUACCUACCUACAGUCCAUCUCACUGUAGUACCCCACCUCUCCUUCUCUCUCUCUUCCCUCUCUCACUCUUCUCAAAACAGUAUGCAUUGUAAUCAACUAUCAGUUAAAAUAAAUAUGAAUAACUCCCCUUCUCUCCCUCAGACUGUUGUGUUCACUGUAUCCUGGCCUGUCUGUUCUGUGAGUUCCUGACUCUGUGUAACAUCGUGUUGGACUGUGCCACCUGUGGUUCGUGUGCGGGGGAUGACUCGGCGUGUUUCUGCUGCUGCUGUGCCUCCGAGGAGUGUGGCGACUGUGAACUGCCUUGUGACAUGGACUGUGGGAUUAUCGACGCCUGCUGCGAGUCUACAGACUGCCUGGAGAUCUGUAUGGAGUGCUGCGGCCUCUGUUUCUCCUCCUGA